AUGGAUUUAUUCUCCCCCCCCCCAAACCCCCCCCCCCCCCCACCACCCGUGGUUUCAGUCCCCUCAGCUGUAAAGAAACCUUUCUUUAACCGACCACUGAAACAUUGUUUAGGAAGCUCUACCAGCUGGGAGGGGGUGUGCGUGUUCUUCUUACUCUGUGCGGUCCGAAAAGUAAAUCUACCCGGUGCAUUCAUUACUAGUUAUAAACAAUUGCCCC